AUGGACGCCGAAACAUCCCGAUUCAUUGAUAAUAUUGUAGACCGUCGUAUAAUCGUCGCCUUCGACUUAUUCGGCACGCUCCUAAGUACCGACUCGAUCUCUAAGAAACUCGCGGAGUAUUAUCCUGAUAAGUCCGGGGCGAUAUCUACUGCUUGGAGGAAGUAUCAGUUGGAGUAUACAUGGAGGUUGAAUUCUAUGGGAACAUUCGAACCCUUCGACACCAUAACCCGCAAAUCUCUCCUCCACGCCCUCUCCGAAUCCUCAAUCCCGCACGAUGAAUCCCAAAUAUCCCAAAUCCUCACCUCCUACGCCUCUCUAACCCCCUUCCCGGACGUACCCACCUGCCUAGAAACAAUAAUAUCCACAAAACACCUCCAACCAAUAAUCUUCACGAACGGUACUUCGAAGAUGGCAAAGACUGCCGUAAUAAACACCCCGGAGUUACAGUCAUUCGGAAAAGUUAGAGAAAGGGAUGCUAUUUUGUCUGCGGAUGAGAUUGAAAAGUAUAAACCUCAUCCUAUGAUUUAUCAAUAUUUGGCUGCCAAGGUUGGGAAGAGUAUUACGGUGGGGGAUAGGCAUGGAGGUAUCGAUGAGGUUGUUCUGGUUUCGGCGAAUCCGUUUGAUAUUGUUGGUGGGCAGGCAGUGGGGAUGACGGGAGUUUGGGUUGAUAGAGCUGGGAAUGGAUGGCAUGAUGCUCUCGCUGAGGAUGGGCCUAAGGUUGUAAUUCGGAGUUUGGAGGAAUUGAAGGGGGUACUGGAGGGGAUAUUGGAGGCUAAGGGAAUCGUUUGGGAGAAGGUCACUCAGGAAACCAAGGAGGGGUCGUGA